UGGUAAAGUGGUAUUCCAACCUGGUAAUCAUCCUGCUCAUGACUACAGGGUGUCUGGGUCAGGACAACGGGAGUGUGACUUACACCCCAAGGAGAGUCUGCUCCUUAGAGGGCUCUUCUGUGACCAUGCCCUGCUCUUACACAUUUCCCAAGGGUCACAAAGUCACAACAGCUUUCUGGUUCAAAGGUCAAGUGCCUGGUGCUGAGUCUCUGGAUCUGAAUUUGAACCCUGAGUACAAAGGCCGUGUGGAGUAUCUAGGGGACAGUAACCAACUAUGUACACUGAGAAUCACAGACCUGAGAGAGAGCGAUUCAGGAACCUACAGCUUCCUGUUUGGGACUGACGUCAAUCCUGGGGGAUGGAUGGGGAAUCCAGGAGUCAGGUUAAAUGUCACAGGGCUCCAUGUUGAUUUGACCCCUGACCUAGCUUUGGACGGCGAGUGGGCAGACCUUACCUGUGGCUCCUGCUUCUUGAGUGAAAAUCCCACCUACACCUGGUACAGGAACAAACAGCCUUUGAACUACACCAACAAGGUCAAGGUUAUGGCCAACUACCUGGAACUAGACCCGGUAGGCAGGGAAGAUGCAGGCAGCUACUCCUGUGCGGUGAGCGGCAGAGAGGAUUCCCCUGGUCCGGCAGUGAUCCUUGUAGUGGGAUACUUCCCAAAGAACACCUCAGUGUCAGUCACAGUCAGUCCCUCUGGUGAAAUAGUGGAGGGCAGAUCAGUGACUCUGACCUGCAGCAGUGAUGCCAACCCACCAGUGGACAAAUACACCUGGUACAAGAAGAAUGAAGAACGGACGGGGUUCUCAGAAAAAGGAUCAGGGCAGAGUUACGUCAUCCUUAAAAUGAGCAAUGAGGACAGCGGGCAGUACUUCUGUAAGGCUGAGAAUCAAUACGGACCACUUGACUCUGCACCUGUGCAUCUCAGUGUAGCAGGUAAACCAGUGUUUCCCUGGGCUCCCGUUGUGGGGGUGGUGGCUGUGUUGGCAGCUGGAGCUCUGCUAGUCAUCCUCUAUGGCACAUUGAAGAAGAGGAAAGCCCCAAGAGGAAUGAACUUUAUCGGGGAGGCACAGAUGGUACCUUGUGGUAAACCGACACACAAGGCGCAGUCUGAUGACACGUACAUGACUCUGAAUAAAAGGACAAUGUCUCCUGAGUAUGACACUCUGGCUAAUGUCAGAAACACUGUUGGCUGAAGAAGACCGUCUGGCUGAAGAAGACCCUAUGCCUGCGACCUCAACAUAAAUAGGGUUAGAAGUGAACACCAUAUAACCGGUUGAAAAUUAUUAAAAAGGGUAUAAUUUUUAAAAUGAUCAAAUUUAGAGUUGUAUAUUUGUUUUUCUAUAGGUACGCCUAAAGGUUUUUAGGCAAAAUAACCCAUUCAAAACGGAAAGCUAAUUGAACGUGGGAAUGUGCCAGGGCUAUUGUAUAAAUAGAACAAAAACGAACUAAACGUUUAAGGGAUCUGAAUUUUAGUUUAAAUAUUUUGCUACAAUGACAGUUAUCUACCCAACUCGUUCCUUUCUUUUUUCAUGUGCACGUAGUAAGUACACCAUCAUACCUUUCAAAGGCACUAAGUCAUUUGUUUAAUUUGUAUUUAAUUAUAAGUCACAGCACUCUCUCUUGGUCCUCAUUUUUGUAAGUCACCUUGCUUUAGCACAUGCGCGUUUGAUCAGUUUCUUUAUGGAAAUAUUUAGUGAACUCCAUGACAGUAGCUAAAGCAAAGGGAUAUAGCAGCACACAAGUAGACUACAAAUGCAUGCUGGGCCCAGCAUCUACUGAGCGCAACUUGGAGUGUUAUUGAAGCGGGCGAGAAGGCCGCUCCAGGUUUCGGGAAUCUCGCUCCUUGCUCCGCUCAGAUACUCCGUCUAGAGAAGCAGAGCCAUUGUGCCACUAGAGGGCGGUCUCCCUCCAUUUGAUCCUGCUUACUGAUAUAUUUUAUUUAACCAGGAAGGGCUCAUUGAGAUUUGAAAUAUAUAGUAAAGGCAUAAAUGUAGCUGAUACUAG